GCUCGAGAGCGUAGAAGAAGAGUAACUUCCGCCAGUGUCAGUGAACGUGAGCGAGCUCUCGGAUGGCGCUACACCAUCAAGUGGAAUUCGACCUGUGUCAUGUGCACUGAUCCGGUUUCUUCAGAGACACCCACAUCUACACCCUUUUAGAUUGAGAAGAAUGUUUUUUUGUCAAUGGGUCUGAGUCGGCUGGAUGUUCUGUAUAGAAGGCUUCUCCUUACUAAACUCUUUAUCCAAGGAUGGGGAAAGCCAGAGGACCUGAAACGAAUAUUUGAGUUCCGGAAGAUUAUUGGCAACAGAGAGAGAUGCAAGGAUCUGGUACAGAGGGACUACCCAGUAUUUAUUGACAAGGUAGAAGAUCAAACCGAUUGCAAAAUUCACAACGGUCAUUUCAUAUCGCCACUGGAGCACUUUGUCCCGGGCAUCUUGCCAGCUGAGUCAGUCAAAGCACGAUUCCAGUUUAUUGUACCUAAGAAAUGGAAAAGGCACAGACCAGUCUGUAUUCACCUGGCUGGAACAGGAGACCAUUUUUUCUGGAGAAGACGAACACUAAUGGCCAGACCAAUGAUUAAAGAAUCAGGCAUGGCAUCUCUACUGUUGGAGAAUCCUUAUUACGGAUACAGGAAACCUAAAGACCAGCUUCGCUCCAGUCUGAAGAACGUUUCAGACCUGUUUGUGAUGGGUGGAGCGCUGAUCUUGGAGUCUGCUGCGCUGUUACACUGGCUGGAGCGAGAGGGUUUCUGGCCUCUAGGCAUGACUGGCAUUUCUAUGGGUGGACAUAUGGCGUCAUUAGCUGUAACAAACUGGCCCAAACCAAUUCCACUCAUACCUUGUUUAUCCUGGACGACUGCUUCAAGUGUUUUUACCACAGGUGUUUUAAGUGGAGCUGUGAAUUGGAGAGAACUGGAAAAGCAGUAUGCGGCGCACACAGUCUAUGAGGAAGAGAUCAUCAGUAUGCUGGAGUAUUGUGGGACAGACUCUUUCCGGAUGGGCCAGGAAUUUGUAAAAAAUGCCCCGGGCAGCUUUGACAGUCUCUCUGACCUGGAUCUUACCCAUGACCUUCUUGACAUCCACUCGCCAGAAAGGGACCACCAGAUGGGGCUGUGCUCCUCUCGCGCCUCAGACUCUGCUCUACUGAUGGGCCGAAGAGAGAGGGACGGGCUGGAUCAGAUGCUGUCUGCUGUGAGCAGCAGCGGGCCUCAUUUGGACAUGCUACAUGCUAAAAACAUCACCUGGGGGCCUGGUCAGCGGCAGUCGCUGCAGCGGGAGUCUCUCUGCUUCAUGAAAGGCGUUAUGGACGAAUGCACACACAUCGCCAAUUUUUCAGUCCCUCUAGACCCCAGUCUGAUCAUUAUAGUCCAGGCAAAGGAAGACGCAUAUGUUCCACGCACUGGAGUUCGCAGUUUACAGGAAAUCUGGCCUGGCUGUGAGGUUCGCUAUCUCAAAGGAGGCCACAUCAGUGCCUAUCUCUUCAAACAAAGACUAUUUCGGCAAGCAAUUUAUGACGCCUAUGACCGGUUUCUUCAGAAGUAUUCCAGCUUAUAGCCAUGGGUUUUUUGGUACUCAGUACUGACAAGAAUUGUUGAUUUUGAAAUAUGAAGAUGGAGAACACUAAAUAUGAUGAAUGUGAUAUUUACAGAAGAAUGUGUAACUGGAACUAAACCUGGUGCUAGUAAAGGGAGUCAGUGUGCAGCAGGUGUAGUGACAGAAGUGUGUUCCUCUGUGUGGUACACCUCAAAACUCAGAGUGACCUGAAGGCAACUUCCAUGUGCUCAAUCCAUACAAUACCUUCUCUUCCUGACCUCACUGCCUUUAUUCAUGUACAUCUUCAUGCUUCACAGAACGAAACGAAGACGUGCCUCCGAACCAUAAUUCACCCACACAUCGAGGUGUCAGUAAAUCUCUUAAUGAAGCAGAUCUCUGAAAAUGUAGUGUUUUGAAUUGUAGGGCAAAUGAAUGAACUCGAUAUGCAUUUGAUCUUUUUGUUUCACCAACAUAGAAUAUCCUAAUUUUUUAGAGCAAAUGUUUCCUGUUUUUAUAAAAUAAUGCAUCCAAAAAUGGCCUUGUCAUGGGCAGGCUAUUGUUUUAAUCUUGCAGAUAUCUCAGAAAUAAAUAAUAAUAAUGUUUAACAAUUUCAGGUGAGUUGUUUGAGAACUGAUCAAGUCAUAUAUUUCUAGUACUUAAACCGGUCUUUAGCAAUGAUUGGUGCUCAUGAGACAUAAAUAUGACCACAAUUCAAAAUAAACAUUUUCUGUGAAAUGCAGUCUUAAAAAACAGUGCUGCAUGUAUUUCAACCCCUUAAAUUCGAAUCACUGCCAAAUACUACAGUAACCGCUAACAAUCCUAUUGUUUCAAUAGACUGAAAUGUUUUAUGUAUUACUGCUGUCAACUUGUGUGAUCUAUCAUGUUCAAUAUUCACUGUAUUCAUCAUGAGCCACUCAUACGUUUCUCCACUCUAAAAAUAAAAAGACAAUCCUAAAUA